CGACUACAGAGUCGCUCCAGCCUAUGAUUCAAAGUAGUGUAGACUUCUUGCCCGGCUCCAGCUGUCUCUGGUCUCUCCAGGAAUGAGAAGCGAUGGCCGGCUCUGCCAACGAGGAGAAAACCUUCAAGAGGUUCCUGGAGCUCUUCUUGCGGGAGAUGAGGCCACCUCUCCAGGAGGACGUACCUCUGCCUAUGCGCCCCUUGACGGACCUGAUCUCGGAGGACGAGGUGGAGGGGGAAUGUCUCGACCUGUGUCUUCAGCACCUGUGUAAAUAUAAUUGCCCUUUUUCCUUGGCUGCAGCCCUGGCCCGUGGUACAGCAGACAGUAUCCUGCAAAGCGAUCUCUCCGUGUACUAUCUCAACAAGAAUGUGGAGGAUGGCACAGACACGCUGCCUCAGAUUGAUUCGGUGAAGCUGGCCCGGCUGGUCUUUAAUAAGCUAUGCGAGACGUGCUGUCAUUGGUUAAAGGAGUUCCCAUAUCGUCGUCGCCACUUGCCGUACUACGAGACCUCCAUCCACGCUAUUAAAAACAUGCGCCGAAAGAUGGAAGACAAACACGUCGUCAUUCCUGACUUCAACACACUUUUCAAUCUGCAGGAUCAGGAAGAGCAGGCUUUUUUCGCUGUGUUUGAUGGUCACGGCGGGGUGGAUGCUGCCAUCUACGCCGCCAAUCACCUGCACGUAAACCUGGUCAGACAAGAAAUGUUCAGUCAAGACCCUGGAGAGGCUCUGUGCCACUCCUUCAAACUGACAGAUGAGCGGUUCAUACAGAAGGCAUCACGUGAGAACCUGCGCUGCGGCACCACAGGGGUCGUGACCUUUCUGAGGGGUCGCACACUGUAUGUGGCCUGGUUGGGCGACUCACAGGUCAUGAUGGUGAAGAGAGGUCAGCCGGUGGAGCUCAUGAAACCACACAAACCAGACAGAGAGGAUGAGAAAAAGAGGAUUGAGGCUCUGGGUGGGUGUGUGAUCUGGUUCGGCACAUGGAGGGUGAACGGCAGCCUGUCCGUGUCAAGGGCCAUAGGUGAUUCAGAACACAAGCCCUAUAUCUGUGGAGACGCAGACUACACCACCUUCAACCUGGACGGCAGCGAAGACUACUUGAUCCUGGCCUGCGACGGCUUCUACGACACAGUGAAUCCAGAAGAAGCUGUGCGAGUCGUCACCGACCACUUACAGGAGAACAACGGGGACACCGCCAUGGUUGCCCACAAGCUGGUGGCCUCGGCCCGAGACGCUGGGUCCAGCGACAAUAUCACGGUCAUCGUGGUGUUCCUCAGGGACCCCCGUUUGCCCCCACCUUCAGAUGAACCGGAAGAGGAGCAAGAAGAGGAGCCGGUGGAGGACGCGGGAGAGGAAGAAGAGGAAGUGGAGUCCUUGCAGAGUGAGCUGGUGUGUCAAGACGGAGGGGCGGAGAAUGGAGGAAAGAACCGGGGUGGCUGGCCUCUCCAGCAGUGCUCGGCACCGGCCGACCUGGCCUACGAAGACCGCAUGGAUUCAUUUACGGACAGAACAAGUCUGAGCAUCAUGGGGCCCGACCUGCGUACAGAGACUGGCUGCUUCAGGCUCCCAGCUUCAUCCAGCCUCCCCCCGACGAGAACCGUCAUGCCAGACCUCAUACCCCCCUACAGUGGGGUCGGCGCGGCCUGGCGCCCCUACCAAGAGGACGGCCCCUUUGGGUACAGGCAAAAGCCCCAGCCUAAACCCAGUGUGCCCUCCUACACGCAGACCACCUCAGAUGGACAAUUGUUGGAGGUGGCUGCGCUUUUCCCUCAGGAGGGCCGGAGGAAGAGGCGGCUGGAGGUCAUGCCGCUGAGGAGGGAAUCGCAGCGCCUGAUCCGGAGGGCUAGAGAAAGUCACGGUCCUCUGAGCUGCUUUCCUAGCGUGCCCUAUCCUCUCCGCUCUCCAGAGAGGAAGCCUGGGAUAGCCUUUCCCCAUGUAACCCACAGCAAAAAGGUCUAAUCGACAACUUCCUUGCCCCAUCAUGCCGUCCUUCGUCCCUAAAGCUAAAACACACUCAUUUCACACAACACAUGACGUGGGCGUACACACACAUACUUGCAUACUCUGUUCCAAAACCUAGUGAGCAGCCUUCUUAGGCAGCAUUUUGAGGGACCUUUUAGUCACCUUGUAUAGGACAAAUUUUAAGGCAGCAUCACAUCUAUCCUUUGUGCAGAACACAAACGAAAUAUAAAUCAAAAUCUAUAAUUUAAACCUGUUUUGCCCAAUAUUUGUGUGUAUUAUUUAUAGUUAUGCUUAUCAGCAUGGAAGCUUAUUUCUGCCGUGGAAUAAAAAAAUAUAAAUGUUACUUUUUUUGUUCGCAGUUGUGAGUUAAUGUCCCACACAUUUUUUUCUCACGUUAUAAACGUGCAUUGCACUUUUUUCUCAGAAUUUCAGAAAGUCAGAACUGCAGAAUGGAAAUGCACAAUUCUGAGAUUAAAGAUUUUAAAUGCAUGCAGGAUGUGAAUUUAGAACGCCGAGGCCCUGUUUACACUAGCGCGUUUACAUUUUAAAAUGACCCUCAUCUACACUGGCGUUUCACCGCGUUUACAACACACAACCAAAAGCGCACGUCACAUGGCCAUUUAUGCAGGUACAACAAUGAGCAUGAUGUUCCUGUUUACAGUCGCCAAGGAUACGUAGAGCGAAUAGGGGCAAACACAUGAUCAUUUUCAAAAGUCUCCCCGUUUUGGUCCGUUUACAUUGAAAUGCAACCCCGGAGCCAUAAAAAAAUAAAGUAUCUGCAGCAUUUUUCUGUUUUCAAGGGUCGAAAAAGCUGGAGUAGUGUAAACGACAGACACAAACGUAGCAAAAGUUGUGUUUUAAAACACACUAGUGUAGAUAUAACCUGAGAAAACAUGAGGUGUAAACUCAAAAUUCAGAACAAAAAAAGAAAAUUUGUUGUUCCAUGAUGAAAAUAAGCUCAGCAUGCUGACGGCAAACGCUAAUAAAAUUCCUUGUGUUGAUUAUUUGUGUUGCUGCCUACAAAAAGGGUUCAAAUGAGUCUGUUGUGAGGUUCCACAGAUGGCUGUCUAUGUAGGGAGCAGGCAGCGAGGCAACUCACUGAGCUCUGGAACAGAAACACAAUCUAACAUAAGAGAUCCUACAUUGCUUUAACGCUUCCACUCUCACCUUAUAUGAGCCAGCCUAUCAGAAUCCCUCACCACUCUCAGCCAGCUUCUUCCUCAUCCUCAUAACCCUCUCUUUGUGCGCUUCUGUGUGUGUGUGUGUGUGUGUGUGUGGAAGGGGGGGAAAAAAGAGCGUUAACACCAUCUUCCGUUCACACACACGCACAGAGAAGUGAAGUUUUAGACAAACCCAGCAUAAAAUCAAGCAGUCAAGAGUCAACAGAUCUUAUAUCUGGUGUUUGAUGUGAGAGACGCGAUACAGCUUUUGGUUACUGAAGCCAAACUGAAGGUCCUGACAUCAUAGACCUCUAAAAUUAGUUAUUUUUCCUUUUUAUCUGAAGCGUAUACUUAUUGUAUGAACUGGAUACUUGAGGAUGUAAUGAUGUCUAUAAAUUACAGCUUAAGAUUUGUCUAUAAAUUGCAGCUCGGACAUAAUUACGACCUAGCUGUGAUGAGUCAUCAUGAAACGAGUGGCAUCAUAUUCAUGCGUGUCUUUGUUUUUAACACACAUGCUGUAUGCGCUGUUUAUGAUCCCAUGUGUUACCUUGUUCGUUUUGCUACGCGUGUCCAUUUAUCUAAAACCACCGAUGCCGCUUUUCACAAACAGGAUGCAACUUAGUGGGGUUUUUUAACUUUUCAUUUGAAUAAUAUUGUGAGUUUCAUUUUAAAAAACUUAACUUGUUUAUUAUUAAUUGCUAUAAAAUAAAACGAUUUAACUUGGAUCAGUGGGUUGCAAAAAUCGCAAACCUCAUGUUAAACUCAAAGUAAAAUAAACCAGUUUAGUUUGACCUUGUUAGGCUGGCGGUCAUCAUUUUCUGAAGUAUAAGCGCUACGUUUACUGACAAUUUGUUGAAGGAACGAAAAAAACGACUUGAUUUUUAAGAGGCUCUAUUUUGUAUUCUAUUUGUGGAAAGUGCCGGGCUGGUUUUGGGCGGCUGCCACGUCGAAGCAUUUGCACAUUCACCACAUUUCCAGCCACCCUUUGAUGAUGCUAACUACAAAUAACCCACUGACAGAAAACACCUGUUGCUUUUCCAAUCAUUGCCUUGGAGAGAAACAUAUCAGAUCAAAUUUAGAUGCAGUAUAUAUUCUAUACACUUUCAGUUUCAAAACCAAAGAAGAAAAUGAGUAUUCAUCAGGAGACGCUACCUAAACAAGCGCUUCAUCUACAAGAGCUUGUUGUAGAGAAAGAUUAUUCACUUCCCAUUCAAGGCAGAUACGUUGGGCCAAACGUCUCAUCAGUUAUCUUUAUAUUGGCAAGCUGGAUUAUGAUUCGAUUGUCAGAUUGAAGUUUGUACGGGAUGUGUAAAUGUAGCCAGAGAGGUUUGCUUGAGGCUGACAGGAGACGCUCAUAUGUUGAAGUGGCCCUCAGGUGUUGAGGACAUGGAUAGUUGAGUUUCAGCAGCACAAUGUGUGCCUUUAUUAUCUUCAACAUGGGCCUGUUUUUGACAGGCUGGAAAGUGGAUGUAGAGUAAAUCCGAUCGCUCCACCACUUUUUUUUUUUUUUUUUUGGGAUACAACACUUAAGGUUAGGAGAGAAUUUGUUGCCAGAGUACAGCGAGGGACUCACUUUUAAGUAUUAUCUUUCUCAGUCAAUUACAUCAUGUAUAGAAGUAACUCGUUUUUGAGGUUCUGUGCCUAAAAGGGACAACAAGCUUCAAGGAAUAUUUUGGGUUCGGGGGUCGUUCACGCAAAAAUCUUUUACUCACCCUUAAGAAGAUAUUUUGAAGAAUGUUGGUAUCACUUCCGUUGUAUGGACAAAACAGAGAUAUUUUUUAAAUGAAUUUCUUUCGUUAUCCGAAGGGAAAAAAGUCAUCGUUUUGGAAAGACACAAGGGAGUGUAAAUGAGACCGGUGUGACCAAAUCUCUUAACAACUUGUCCGUGCCAUUAUAUUCAAUUUUUAAGCUAAUUUAUAGAAUCCAAAUAUUUGGACUGAAGAAUUUCUUCAAUUACAAAUUUUCGGUUUCCAGCCAUUUCACCUGUAAACACAUUUAUUAUUUAAAAAUAAUAAUAAGAAUAUAUAUAUAUAUAUAUAUAUAUAUAUAUAUAUAUAUAUAUAUAUAUAUAUAUAUAUAUAUAUAUAUAUUUUUUUAUUAUUAUUAUUAUUUUUCUCUCUCUCUCUCUGUCAGCAAUUAUUCACUCCUUUAUUUCAGGCGAGGCUAGGCCCAUCUCAAACAUAAUAAUCAUAAGUAUUGAUAGUUUUCACGUGACGUCACACCCUUAAUUUAAAUAUAUUGCGCCACUUUUAAGUGUUUCUGCAAAGUUUUUUGUCGCGCUGUUUAAUGAUUGAGAUAUUGCCGCGGGAACUUAACAUAGAUUGCAAAUAGCCAGAACGUAGGUUUUAUCAACAUACCUUUGUUUUAUGGUUUUGGGAGGUGAUCCAAAUAUUUGUGAAACAGAUGUGAGGCUUUUUGCUGCAGUUCUACUGAGGCUGUGCCCUCCAGGGCUUCGAACUGGUCACGUGACUUAAAACUAUGGCUAGGAGCGAGCAGUCUUUGUAUUUCUACAGUCGUUGGUCAUAUGCGCGUUAUUUUUUGAUGAUGAUGAUCACAGCUGUGAUGACAUUGGCUGGUUCUGUUUAAGAAGCCUGUGCGGCUCAGGUGCUCCACACAAACCACACGCGUGUUUCUGCAACCCCCUAACUCCUUCACACUUACGUCUACGACUAGCGGAAAGACUUGUGCCAUCCCUGCCGUGCCAUUGCACUGACCGGUUUCCAUUCAUUUAUUAGUUUUUGUUGGUGGAGGGAUGGGCGGGGGCGGGCGCAAACAUCCAUCACUUUCGUGUUGUCAUUCAAGCUCCCUUCAUCCGCCUCCAACCGUGAAGUUCACCCACAUAAAACCUGAGCCUAACGCCACCGGUGCUCUCCUGUCAGAAAAUCAAGGGGCGUGAAUGGGAAGUUGAUCUGUGCAUUUUAACUGGUCCAGAAUGUACAUCCAGAUGUCGAAUGUACUGCAAAAGGAACCCCUCAAACGCGGAGCAGGAUCAAUGAAACCUUUACCCGCAUUAAAAGACGCCCGGACUGUCCCGAAUGUAUGUACGCACUCUGCUGUCCAUGAUGAGAUUCACCACGAUUUUCUACCCUUUGUGGAAGUUUCUACGCACGCCACCGGCUGCCCUGCCUCGUAAAUCCUAGAUCCGCACUAGAAGCGGAAGAAGCUCCCCCACGGCCUUCGAGACGGGAUUGACGACCACAGAGUGACGCGUGCAGCUCACGGGACACGGACCUCGCGCUCGAGAUGAUCUACACGGCUAACCCUCACCAUCACGUACAAACUCCCUCGCCGUCAUUCCUCUUAGCACCCCGUACGGGGCGCAGAUUAUAUAUCAGAAGUGUAGUAACUUGCAUAUAUUGUAUACACGUGUGUGUGUGUGUGUGCGUGUGCGUGUUUUGAGCGUGUGCGUGAGUGCGCGUAAUAUUUGGGAUGUGUAUGUGACGUCCGUCUUCUAAAUGUGCUAUUUUAAUCACCGCCGAUAACUCAGAUGGAUACAGAAGUCUGUAACGCUUUUCAGUAACCCCUGGCCCCGCCCCCUUCUCGCCGAAGUACGUUUUUGAAAACUCCUCGGAAGCGCGCGAGAGUCUAACAGAUGCAGCGCUGGGCGUCUGUAACACGGCCACGGGCUCUCGCUUAUUCGCCGAGUGCUAAUGAGUCAAAGGACCGGUUCGUUUCGAUGAAGAACAUCUCACUUCGUCUUCACAUACUCUUGAGCCUUGCCCCCACCCAACUCCCCCCCGUGGACUGACUGUUAGACUCGGCGUUUUCCCUGUUAGCGAUAGUUCCCGCGUCGAGGGCGCGCUCUCGAGCUUUCACGACGGUUAGCCCUCCUCACUUGCUGUCACUGCUUUUUGUCCAUGUACCGUUCAGUACUGCUCUUUUUUCUGCUAGCAAUAAUGAACCUACGCAAGCCAUGAGCGAAGAGAGCUCUUCAGAAGGCUCUUCUUCUUUAAAGCGAAGCUGAGGAAGGGUUUCCAGACGACUUAGAGGGGAAAAAACAAACGUAUCUUAAAAAAAAGAAAAAGAAAAAAAAGAAACCUAUGUUACUGAUGGUCACUGUAUUCUAUUAAACCUGUGUUGAUGAGAAACCA